AUGGCCCUUUCCACCUUGCUUCGUACGCCAGUAUUGGCCGGCCGUGUUUUUACUCAACAUGUUUUGAAGUAUGGGUCACUGAGUUGCAUGCAGCGACCCCUAGCCAGUAUGGUACCCCGUAUGGUGCCUAGUAUGGUGCCCAUCAGCCAACAUGCAUUCAAGGAAGCCACCCACACUCCCAUUACUAACUCUGUACGAUCAUUCCGUACGUCGCCUGUAAGGCUUUCGGACGAGAAGCCCCAUGAUCACUCGAAACUGUGGGUGAUAGAGAAAUCAGUGGCUGCACUCAUGGUACCUCUACUUCCUUUGGGCUUGUUGAUCCCAAACAAACUCUUUGAUUCAGUCAUCGCUAUCCUCAUUUGUGCACAUUCAUUUUGGGGUCUGGAAGCGAUCGCUAUAGACUACGUUCGCGCCAGUGUUGUUGGUCCCAUCCUUCCCAAAAUUGCCCUCGGGCUCGUAUACCUCAUCUCCAUAGCAAUGCUUGGUGGCCUCUUCUACAUCAUCGGCCACGAUGAUGGCCUCGCGAACACCAUCAAACAAAUCUGGGCCAUCAAAUCUGACCGUCAAAAAUCAUAA